CUUUUGCAAGUCGCUGCAUUUAGCAUAAGAGGCCACCGAUAAGAGGAAAAGAAAAGAAAAAACCGCGUUUCAAUGGCGACGGAUUCUGGAUCAUCGUCCUCGGAAGAAGAACUAUCAUCAUCUUCCCCUCUCAACGAAUCUUCUUCAGGGAAACCUCAAUCACUGGCCAGCUUGGCCAAGCCUUGGGCCGACUACGCAGCCCAUCAGGCGCUUCUCUACCAGCGCACUAUCGACGAUUCCUUAGAAUCUGCCAUUCAAGCCUCAAAAUCUCGCCUCUCUCAGAUUCGUUCCACCUCCCACCCUCAUUUACAGAAGACCAUUGAUUCAUUUCAAGAUGCAAAGUCAGAGCUUGCUGCUUAUGAGAAUUUAUUAUUUGGAAAAAUUAGAGAUGGUAUUCUUGUUGCUGCAUCACAUCCGCUGAUCAGUUGCGGAGUUGCAACUGGUUUGGGUUUCUUAGUCCUUAAAAAGCCGAGAAAUUUCUUAUACCACAAAACCAUUCGUCUUUUCAUGAAUGAAGAGUCUUUACUCUCGAAAGCUGAUGCUCAAGUUAAGGAGUUGCGACAGUCAAUUGAUCGGAUAAAGGUCGAAAGCGAGAGGCUGGAGAAAAGAACACUUCAAGCAGAAGGGGAAUUGUUACGAGGAAGAACAAAACUCAGGCAAGCAGGCAAACAGAUUGAAGGUGUGAUUCAAUCUGCUCAUACAAUUGAAAGAAAGGCAAGAGGUUUGAAAGAUAUUCUUGCAGAUCUUCCCACAAGGGAAGCUUCACAAUUUAGGACUCAGGUUUCCAACCUUGCUUCUGAGGCAAAGAAGGAAAGAAUUGCCUUGGGAAAGGAGGUCUCCAAAAUUAGCAACUACGGAAUAUCUGUCUGAUAAUUCAAAUUCAACAUUGGGUCAGUCCUUAACGAUAUACACCCAUCUUACUCUCUAUUUCAAAUUUGGCCUAGUCUGCUCUGAAUCUUUGAAUAUAUGCACGACUUGCAUAUCCUCUCUCAUUUUUCUUUUAUUUUCUGUGGGAGGAAUAGCUUCUUUUAAUUUUUAUAUUGCUCCGGCAAAAUAAGUUUUGAAGACUAUCCAUUGAGUUGUACCAUUGAAAGGUGAACUUGAUUAUUCAGUAGAAUAAUUAUAUAUGCAAUACCGAUAGAGUUGGUUUUUUUGAUUA